GCCCUCAGACGGGCUGUUAGCCGCGCUGGGUGUGGGCGCUGGCUGCUGGGAGAGGCACCAGGCUUUGAGUUCAGAUUCAUCCUCGCACAAUCCCCGGCCCCCCCCCACUGGCUUGGGACAGCGCCUGGCGCCCGGGACAACAGGCAGCCACCGAGCGAGCCGGGCAUCAUGUCUCCUCUCCGCGCUCCUCUGUUCUUCCUGCUCUUCAUCGCCGCCUCGCAGGCCCAGGACGGCGCAGUGCAGGGCACCACAACGGGCUCCAGGACGCUGCAGCCCUGGCUGGUGGGGCUGACGGCCGUCAUGGUCUUCCUCUUCGUCGUCGUCGUGCUGAUGAUCAUCAACAGAGUCUGGUGCUCCAAGAAGCGCAGGAAUGAGGAGGAGCCGCUGGGAGAACCUGCCCAAUCCAGCAGGGCGGUCUCAAACGUCUACAACAACCUAGCGCUGGAGGAGGACAGCGAGAAGGAGCAGAACGUGAGGAAGGAGAAUAAAACGACCUCCCUGUGAGGAGCCUGCGAGCCCAGCGGGGUGGGAGACCAUGGAAUUGCUGCCACCGCCGCCACGGUGCCCCGCUGUGCCGCCCGGCACACAAAUCAACUCACUGCUUCCCUGUGCCCAGCUCUGCCCGAACCCUCCCUGGCCCAGCACGGGAGGCCUCUUCUGUGUGCUGCUGUGCAGGGCCCAGGGGUGCAGCGGGCACAGACGCCCCCUCACUACCCUGUGCAGGACAAGCCCCCUCUCCCCUUCCCUGGAGGGGAUUCUCCCCAAAGCCCCCCACCAGCACCGCAGCGCCCCCUGCAGCGGGGUCCAGGCUGGGCCUUGCGCGGGCUGAGCGUGCGGUGCAGGAGCCUGUGGAGGGAGCAGAACAAUCUCCCUGCGUCUCUGAGCCCGGCUGGGCCACGGGCGCCGGUGCCACGCUGUCCCCUGCGCUGCCCAGCUGGGCUGAAAACAUUAUAGCGCUGAUUGGUGCCACCUGCUGGCAGCCAGGAGGGAAAGCGGAGAGUAAAUCCCAGCUAGAGAAAUGAGGGAAGGAACAGGAGGUGAGCGGUUUAUGGCCUGUUGGCCGGGCCCCCCGUGUUCUGAGGCUGCAGACUUCCCCCUUCCCUCCCAAUGCUGCAGAAUUGGGCUCCAGAAUCUGCACUUGCGUUUA